CACCGCGAGGGCCACUGCUCCCUUCGCUGUUACGUGGGUAGGCGCAGAUGCCGAGCGGAUCCAGACCAGGUUUUGCCUCCUCCCCAGCGGCGCAGCCAGAGACUCCCGGGCUCCUUGCCUGCAGUGGGGUGUUCAAAUCUCAGCGAGGGAAGGAAGAGCCGACCGAGGGGCUGCAGUAGCAGCAGCAGCAGCAGCAGGAGGUCGCGGGAUGGAGUCCAGCCCAGUCUAGCCGGGGAUCAAGCUGCAGGCAGCAAUCAUGGUGAGUCGCUGCUGGCCGCCGCUCUCCUCGGGGAAACUGUCCCGGGUCCCGGCUUCGGCUGGGACCUGUCCAUCUGGCGGGUGGCUCUUUGUUCUCAUCCGCUUUCGGACAGUGGCGCUUGCUUCCCCCCCGUCUCCCGGGUCUGAAACCGAGGUGGAUCUAGCCCUCUCUCAUUUCGUUUACACGUGGUUCCCCGAUCGUCUGCGAAUGCAGCCCCGAGCGAGCAGCGUGUCUUCCCUUUGGGGGGUCUGGGACGGGCUCAACCGGGUUCCCUUGGGACGGGGUGGCUGGCUCAUGGGGCUGGAAAUGGAGGCGUCGGGGCGCGCAGAGACGGGGGAACCCUGCCCGCCCUCGUAACGCUGCCCCGGGCUUCGCAGCAAAGGAGUUCGGUGGUGAAGAUCAGGCUAGAGGGCCGCAGGUUUUUCGCCCCGGCGAAUGGCGACCCCGCGACUUGGUGUUGGAGAGAAAGGCGCAUCCUUUUAUUGGUGAGCGCCGUCGUUCUUUGGGAGUUGCGCAGCAGAGAGGCUCUGCGCAGUAGAAUGCUUUCCCGCUUGCUUGCGUGGUAGCAAUGAUGGUAGGGGAUAUCUAAACGAUCCGUGCUGGGAGCUUAUGUCAGUGCAGAGGUUGCCUCCCGGGUAACUUUACAUUGUGACAUUCAUUCUGGGUUAGCUUUCUACCUAGUCGUAGAUCUGGAUAAACCGGAACAUGUACUUGUGCUUGUGUUUGAAAUUAAAAAAGCACACAAAACAAACAAAAACCGUGCAAGGACUUGACAAGCGUCACAUGUGGCAAAGAUCUGAGCAAGUCGCAUUACAUAUUUCUGGCCAUCAAACACCCUGACAGUUUACUCCCGGAUAGACAGGGGUCUGCUACACUUCUGGGGUAAAGUGCUCUUUCUUACCGGUAUUACAUGAACACCCACGUUAAGUGCUCCCUGGAAAUAAAGUAAAAGCUGGGAAACAGUUGAAUUGUAAAGUAUCCUGUCUGUUAACUGAGAGUGAGACCAGCUCCAGAUAUCUAAAAGGAAUGAAGUGCCACUUUUUAUUCUUUGAUAGCCCCACUGCUCUCUCAGCCAAGGAGGUAAAAGCAACAAAGGAGUAAACUUUUUAAAUUAUUGAAACUAAUCUUUACGCACAUUGGAAUUGCAUGGUGUGGUCUGUGAGCAUGGCUCUGAGGUGUGGCAGAUAAUCUGGACGAAUUAAUCUGGAAUACAAACUUUAUGAUUAUUUUGUAUAUGUAUCCCCUUCUGUGCUAUGCUAGCUCCAUUGAAAGUUAUCCUUUCGCCACUUCUUCUGGCCUGUUAUUUCUAAGGAACCAUGAAGGUGAUCAUUCUCUUCCUUUGUGGUCUCCUGCCUAGCACAGGACAGAGCAUUCCUUCCAGAGACCCCCUACUGUGUGACCAGUGAAUGCAAGUGACAUAUUGAGAUUGUUAACUAGAGUGAAUUGAAUGAAACCAGCACAAGAGACUGCUCCCCUUUGCUAGGACUAACCCUAUUGUUAGAAGAGACCACCCUGAAGGGCUAUGGACCCCCACGAGCAAAAAUUCCAGUUCCUUUUGUAACUGGACACCAAACACAUGAAUAUGGCGGCAUACAAUAUAAAGCCAGUGGUUAGCUUGAAUAUUUGACCUUCCCCCUCCCACUUGUGAUCACCUUCAAAAAGGUCAUCCUCAUAAAUGUUAACAUUGUAAAGUUUUACUUUAACAACCAGGGAAUCCUGAAUGUUUAUGAGUGACAUGUAUCUACCCUCCCUCCAGAUUAUAGUAUCUGAAAGUCAUUGAGUAAUCAUGCCCAAGAUCACAGGAUCUGGAAGGAAAAAACUGAGUGAGUGUGAUCAGCAUGUUGAAAACACCUGUCUCCAGAUCUUCACAGCAUGGAAAUUGGAUAGGAGAAGGGACAAGAUGAAAUCUUGAAGGACACUGUAGGGCAUACCUAGGACUAGGGAUGAGGGAGACAUCUCUUCAGUUCACAUUCCAAUGCAAAUUUACCUAAUUUUCAAGCCGAUAGGCAAACCAGCACACAGUUAUUCUUCCAAAUUUGCACAUCUCUGAAUUUGAGAUGCUGUUCUCCAGCCAAAAAAUGCAUAUAAAGGAAGAGCGUAUAUUGAGGGAAAGUGUGUACACAGAUGUGUAUACUAGUGAAAAUAAUGUCCAAAAAUGUAUUAGGGAAGGUUGCCAGCAAAGAUGCAUGUGUUGGGCAGAAAUGUACACAGAAAGGUGUUUAUUGGGAGAAAUGUGCAAAAAAGUACAGAUUUUUGUGUUGACUUAAAAAAUAUAUAUAUAAAACUGUUGUGGAAAUAGGACAAAUUGAGUUUAAGCAUGGAAAACAAGAAACCUAGACAAAACAAAACUGACAAAUUCAUCCAUCCCUAUCAGAGCUGAUUAUAGACAUCUACCAUUACCCCUGGAAUCCCUUUGCCAGUGGUAGAACAACUUGAUAUCAAUCCUAGAGAUGUAUGUCAAGCCCCACCUUCACAACCCCAACACAUUAUUAUCAGCAACAUCAAGUUAGAGAGGUUGGAAAGGCAGGACCACUCGUCCACCAGCAUCAGCAACCCCCACCUGCAGAUCAAGCUAUAAAAUACAGAGCACGGUUUGCCAGGAUCAGAGAGUGGGUACACUGCAAAAAUAGCUUGAAAUGAUUCAUACUGCAAGCCACGCCACACACUGCAGGGGAACACAAUAGCCCCCAGGCUCAGCGAUCAUCGGGGGAAAUUCCCAACGUAACCAAACCCUGAAAGUCUAAUAAGAUCAACAUUGCGCAAGUUAUUUUGUUGAUCUCCAGGCAUACAUCAUCCAGCAGUGCCACAAGCAAAAUAUAACCCAGAUCAGAAACAAGAUUGGCUUGCAUCCAGCAGGCCAUUUAUCUUUCAUUACUACAAAUCACACGCCAUUCGGGUGGCUCAUAUGGCGGCACUUUCUUCUUCACUUGCCUUACCAGAUUCUAUUUGAAGUGUGUAGUAAAAAGUCCCAGAAUAUUAGUCAAACAGUAAAGGUUGGAGUCUUGACAAAGGAAUCCAAGCCAAAUUUGUGGGGUUGUAAACUCAAACGAGAGCUUUAUAAUGCCCCUGCGUUUGCAUGUCUUGCUCUUAAGUGAGCACUUUGUUGCUUUGUACCAGGGGCUUAUAAGGCACACACUAAGCUACCCAUCUGACUUUAUCUUGUCGCUUUUAAUAAUAUGAUGCGUUAUAGCAAUAGGUAAAUAAAUAAUGUACAGACAUGAAGCUGAUGACACUUCCCUCCUUUGAGAAUGGUGUGCUGCAAAACACAGUGGUCUUCUGGACAGACCUAUUUCUUUUUGCAUCCACCUCCCCUCCCACCCAAUAUUAUGAAGCUAACAGCACAGAAUUGAACCUAGACAAUGUGUUUAUUUG